UGUGGAGUGUCCCGGUGUCCGACACAGCGACACUCCACGUCCCCACGACAGUCGGUGCCGCAGCCGCUGCUCAGUGCACAGUGUCGCAGGACAUAGUUGCACACCGCAGUUCGCACCAGUUACCGUUGCGACUCGGUGGUGCUGGUGUGGAGGUCGAUGGAGCCAUAUGCCGCUAGUCGCUUCGUUUAUUUUAGAAUUUAAAUUUUUUCUUCACAAUAGUUCUAGGUAAAUUAACAUCGACCCCAAGUCCCAUUCGUGUUCACGACAAUGUCAGUAUUAUACGGUGCUAUCGUUCUCAAUAGUCGUAAUAGGGUGGAUUUUCUCACUGAAAUUGCCAUUCUUUUACAUCAAUAAUUGAAGAAUCUCAAAUAACAUACUUUAUUAAAAUAUUAUUUAUUUAAAAUUUAAAUAUACCUAGGUAGUAGGUACCUAUAGCUAAUAACCAUUUAAACAUAAUAUAUACUAGAUACCAAUGGCUUUUCAAGAAUUUAAUGAUACUGGUUAUUGGGGUAAACCUACAGCUACCAUUGAUUGGUGUGAGAAAAAUUACGAAGUAAAUUAUUAUGUUGCUGAAAUGUGGAACACCAUCAGUAAUUUAAUGAUGAUAAUACCUCCAUUAUGGGGCAUUUGGGACAUGAAAAAACAAAAAUUUGCACAAAGAUUUUUUUUUUGUUAUUCAUUCAUUUUGGUGGUUGGUUUUGGCAGUUUGGCGUUUCACAUGACACUUUUGUAUGAAAUGCAGUUAUUUGAUGAAUUACCAAUGGUUUGGGGAACAUGCUAUUGUGUUUAUUGCUUAUCAAUUGUAAAACAUGAUAUGAAAUCUAAGAUUAUUCCGAAUAAAUUAUUAUUAUUAACAUUAAUAAUUAUAAGUAUUGGAUUUGCAAUAAUCUAUCUUGCUUGGCCACAACCAUUACUGCAACAUUUUUGUUAUGGUAUACUAGUUGCUAUAUCCUUAGCACAGGAAAUCAAAUUAAUAUUAGAAUUUAAAUGUGCUGUUUGUAAACGUAUGUUCAUUGUUGCAAUAGCGUUGUACCUGUUUGGGUUUUUUUUGUGGAAUAUAGACAAUAUACUCUGCAAAAAUAUUACGAUCUUAAGAGAACAUAUUCCAAUGUUUCUUCAACCAUUCACUCAAAUGCAUGCCUGGUGGCAUAUAUUUGCAGGCUAUGGAGUUUAUAUUCAAGUUCUAUUUUGUAUUCACAGCACAUAUGAUUACCAUAAAAAAUAUAAACAUUCAAGUGUGCUUUUACCAGAGCAUAUGUAUUUUAGUAUACGUUGGCAGAAAACUACAAAAACAGGUGACUGCUGCUCAUCAGCAGUUAAUGAUCUUGGUCAAUCAACCUUCCAUUUAAGUUCUGCACUUUUAUAGCUAAUUUAUAUUUAAAUUAUAAGAAAUAUACAUAUGUGAUAUAUUUACUUAUUUAGUUUAAUAUGUAUAUUAUUUAUUUGUUUAAAUUGUAAGUUUAUAGAAUAUUUUAAUUAUAUUUGGGUAGUCAAUUAAGGAUAAUAUUAUUUACUAAAAUUUAUUUUUGUUGAAUUAUAUGUUAAAUGUUGGUCCAUGGCUGAGUUAAAAUGUAUACAACGACUCAUUGAGCUUGUUUAUCACUUAAUUUUAGAAAUUUUGUUCUUUUUUGUUAUAUAUUUUAGUACGUACCUAGUAAAUUAUACUUUAAUUUUUUGUUUGUAUAAAGUUUAUAUAAUAAAUGUAUUGAUUGAUUUGAUCAAUGUAGCUCAAUAAUAUGUAUAAUUUUAAAUAGUUUAUUUAAAAUUAAAUAAAUGUAUAACUUUGUGGACAUUAUAUUAAAAGGCACUUAGUUGCUUAUUCUAAAUUUAAAUUUAAUAGAAAAGCAAAAACAAAAACAAUGUUAACAUGUUUUUUAAUGAAUGAUUUAUAGUUCUUUGAGUAGGUAUACCUUGUAUUAUAAUUAUAUACCUUUAUCUAAUCAAUGUAGAUAUAUUUAAAUUGUAUCUUUAAAGUUUUAAAAAACAACAAUAAAAAAUAGAACAUUUAAAAUAAUGUAAAAUCUUAUAAAAAUCAACUGAAAAAUAAGUAACUUUGUGUCUUUUAGGGUCAACAAUGGGUAAAAAAAAUAGAAUUGUUAAUAAACAUGCUUUGUGAAUUAUAAAUUAACUUAAUACAAUGUAUACAAAUAUAUAAUACACAAAUAGUAUAAUACAGUUCUCAUAAAUAAAUGAUAUAAUACACUUAAUACAUUUUUAUUUUUAUUUUAUUUUUAGUGCUUUGCAAAUGUUUAAUUGCAUUUAUGUUACUUGGCUCAAUUUAUUUUAUUCGUGAUUAUUAAUUGUUAUACCUUUAUAUUAUAAUCAAUUGGGAUAACAACAGAAUAUAUGUUAUAAUAAAUAUAAUAAUAUAAUAAA